CAAGUUAGUUCUGCUGUGUGUGGAAGUUCGGGAAGGAGGUGGAGAAGACGACGUCGGACAUAGGAGUUUGUGUUGGCUUAGAACAGACUGACAUUAACAGACCCCAGGGUGUUUUUUUUUUUCGAUAUCUAUGCUACAGCAUCAAGUGGAAAAGAUGUGACACUCCCCGAAUUCUUUUGAAAACAGCAGGAGAAUGAACGGCCGUGGCUCCAGCCGAAGUCAGACGAACGGCCAAGGUCAUGGUCACAUCCCUGGAAGUCACAGCAGCGGGGUCAAAGGUGAAGGCCAACAGCAGACACCGCGUCAGGGUCAGCAGCAGUCGGGAGAUGGAGGGCCGGGGAACAUCCCCAUGCUGCGCGUACAGCCAGACACGCCCGUGCCCCCGUCCAACCACAGCACGCCGGGCCCCGGAGACAAAGGCACGUCACUUCCGGCCAUUCCCUCCUACUCGCCCGGCCUCGUCUCCUCCGGCAGGCCCUCUCCAAAAGACACGUUCAAGCACAGCGGGAGCCGCGGCAGCAUCCUCCACCACCACCACAACAACAACAACAAUAAUAAUAACAACAACAGCAGCAGCAAUAGCAGUGUUGCCAAGAAUAGAGGCUACAGCACCGCGCGUGGCACGGGAAACUCUACGCACCUCAAGAUCACCCCGACCGCCACCAGCACUUUCCCUAAUAAGCAUUUGAAACAAGAGGUACAGUCCGGCGGGUAUGGACCACAGUGUAUUCCCCUGGGACCCCGGCAUACCAAUAACCUUUCGAACGACUUCGUCAACGGAUACAACUACAGCAACAGUCUCAACAACAACAACAACAAUUCUGGCAACAUCAGCAACAGCAAAUCAAUGGGCCCGAAGAGUAGCAACUACCAUGGCAACAGCGAGGAGGUCAGUCCGAGGAUGCCCAAUGUCAACGGCUCGUCAGGCGGUGGUGGCGGUAACAUUUUCGGAAGCGAUAUAGGCCACCAAGGCGUCACGCUGAUACCUCUUCAGACGCUGUACACCCACACGCCCACGCCCAGUGAGAUCUCCAAUAUCACGGCGCGUUCUGCGGCGUCACCACGCAGCGGCAUGCACACGCCGGCGUUGUCCGUCAUCUCGAACCAAGAACGUGCCUCAGCGCUUGGCGCGACCUCCAGAGCCUCCGUGCACACGCCCCGGAGCUCCCUCCACACGCCCAGAAGUAUGCUUGGCACACCGCGUCUGGAGCAGAGCUCGGACGUGUCUUCAGGGGGGAAGAUGCACAUUCAGCAGCCACAGCAGCAACAACAGCAUCAUGUGUUUUUGGAGCCCGCUCUCCCCAAGUCGCAAGACUGGCCGCACUUCAAGCUGCUGCCCUCCGUGACCUCGUCCACCAUGGACGGCAGCGACAACGACUCGCAGAGCAUCGCCGUCCCGGGCAGCGCCACCUCACACUACAACACAGGCUCCAACCUUUCGCCCUACCAAGGCACCGAGAUGUCUCCUUUCCCUUCCCGCUUCACCAGCCCCAGGCAUUCCGCCAACAUCAACGCGCGGAUGUCGCAGAAGCGGGCGUUGUCCAUCUCACCGUCGCUCUCGGACGGGAUUGAUCUGAAUCACAUCAUCCGGCUGUCGCCCACCUCGCUGGGUCCCUACCUGCCCUCCACCAGGAACUCCUCCACUAGCGGCUCGCCCCAGCCGGGCCAGCAAGGCUCCUUCUCGCACUUGUCCGCCCGCAACAGUAGCCCCUACUCUCAGACAGGCUCGGGACAGCGGCGACUCGGCGGCAAUUUCACGCCGUUCAGCAUGAUGUCGGGCGUGAAGAGCGAGAACAAUAUGGACUUCUUCAACAUGGUUCCCCUGGAGAGCAAUGGGCUGGAGGAUAUGAUGAGCAAUUCAUUCGUGGCUCGUCAGAGCGACGUGCCUUUGAUUGAGUACAAUUGCUCUGUGGGGCUGUUCCCCAACGGUGUGAAUGUGAACGGUGGGGGUCAGAUGGGACAUAUGGACACAGAUCAAGAUUACAACUCUGUAGCUUCUGAGGGUAUAGGUGGAAACCUGACGGUUGGGACUAUGCAGCAGAAUUGUAUGAUGGCGGGUAAUGGGAUGGGUGGCAUCAUGCCGCACGGGAUGAAUAACAUGCAGACUGCCAUGAACUCUGUCAUGCCUGUCAAUGGUAUACCGCCUCCUCCGUCCUACAACGAAGCUCUAGAACAGCAACAGCAGCAGCAUCACCAACAUCAUCAUCCGCAUCAGCAGGCACAAAGUCACCAUCUCCAGCCACCCAGUCACCACCAUCACCAUCAAACGUCUCAGGGUGGAGUUUUACUUCACCAGCACCGUCCCAGUCACCAUCAACACUCUCACCCUCACUCACAGCAGAUUCAGCACCACCCACUCCUCCACGCACAGCAGCAUCCUCAGUCUGAACAACAACAGCAACAGCAACAACAACAGCAACAGCAGCAACAACAGCAGCAGCAGCAGACCGGCGGUGCGCCGGGCAUACCCCCACACAUGCAUGGUCUGAGCUCCAACCUACAAGUGAUGAGCCCGUCAGCCAUGCAGGUGAUGAGCCCGGGGAUCCAGGGUUUGAGUCCCGGAAGCGGCAACGGGAUGCAAGGCAUGAUGGGAAUGAGCCCCGCGGCGCCUGGCGGCGGCGGCGUGACGUCAGCAAACAUGAGCCCCGCCUACAUGUCCGACUCCUCCUCUCAGCCCGUCGGCACGACCUCUGGCAGCGCCAAGGUGGAAGAGUUCGAAGACGAAGACCCGAACAUCUGCCGCUGGAUCGACUGCAACAUGAUGUUCAAGGAGCAAGACGAGCUGGUCAGGCACCUGGAGAAGGUGCACAUCGACCAGAAGAAAGGCGAAGAAUUCUCUUGUUUCUGGCAGGGCUGCCCCCGUCAGUUCCGACCCUUCAACGCGCGCUACAAACUGCUCAUCCACAUGAGGGUCCAUUCGGGCGAGAAACCAAACAAGUGUACGGUGAGUAGUGGGUGUGUCUGCUGGCGGACUGACUGACGUGUGCUGUUGCGUCAUUGCGCUACCUCAGCGUU